CACACUGCUGACGGUAAUGGUUGGAACUCGAAGCAGCCAAAAGGAGAUUGCUCAAAGCUAGUGCAGACACGUAAGUGUCACGUGCCAGACCGUUUACUUGCGGGGUAGUUUUGUCAUUCCAGUGUGGACUGAGGCUUCCACCGACCACAAGAUCCUACGGUUCCCGCAAAAUGUCGGCGGUUUCGAAUUUAUCGCCGUGCUGUUACGGCGUGAGAUCGGUCAGUUUUGUAGGGAGUAACUCGAUGCUCCGUUCGACUGCCGGGAUCCAUUGGAUGGCCACGGCUUGGGCUUCGAGGCGUUUUGAGAAUGAUACAUUUCGCAUCUCUCGGUUAGCUCUCCAUCACUCCCGCAGCGCAAUUAAAGAUCCCAGUAUACGUAUGGCAUUAGUAGACGAGAGGCUUGCUCGUAGAGGAAAUGUCGCCAAGCCUUCUGAAAUAUUGGCAUAUGAUCUCGUUCAAGGAGCACUUGUAAGAUGGAGUUCUGUUGUGGAUAGCUCAUUACCGGAUCCACCAACAGCUGUUUUUCUGCAUGGCAUUUUAGGUGGCAGGAAGAACUGGGGUACCUUUGCACGGAGGUUGGCCCAAGAAUUUCCAACAUGGCAGUUUCUUUUAGUUGACCUACGGUGUCAUGGUGAUUCUACAUCAAUUAAGAAGAGGGGUCCACAUACUGUUGCCUCCACUGCUCUUGAUGUCUUAAAGCUAGUUGGACAGCUAAAAAUAACCCCCCGAGUUCUAGUUGGGCACAGCUUUGGAGGAAAAGUGGCAUUGAGCAUGGUGGAACAAGCUGCAAAACCUCUUGCACGACCAGUUAGAGUUUGGGUUUUAGAUGCUACUCCUGGAAAGGUUAGACCUGGUGGAGAUGGAGAGGACCAUCCAGCAGAACUGAUAUCUUUCUUGAGUACCUUGCCAAAGGAGGUCUCCUCAAAGCAGAAUAUUUUGAACGCUCUCAUUCAAGAAGGAUUUUCCAAAGAUGUGGCACAGUGGGUGGUAACCAACCUUCGACCGGCAAACUCUCUUGGUCCAUUGUCAUCAACUUUUUCGUGGGUGUUUGACCUCAAGGGAAUAGCUGAAAUGUAUCAGUCCUAUGAAGAAACAAAUUUAUGGAAAAUUGUUGAAGAAGUGCCUCGAGGUGUGCAUAUUAAUUUUUUGAAAGCUGAAAGAAGCUUACACAGGUGGGCUCUUGAAGAUCUCCAGAGAAUUCACGCUGCUGAGGAACUUGCUGCUGAUGAGGGAGGUGGAGUUGAAAUGCACGUCCUUGAAGAUGCUGGCCAUUGGGUACAUACAGAUAACCCAGAUGGGCUCUUUAGAAUUCUUUCAUCUUCUUUUGAGAGAUUCAAAAGCUGAGGGAUCUUAGAUUCUUAAGGUUAUAUAAGCCUCCCCUUCAUUUUAGAGAUAGCAAACUCUCAAACACGAAUACGUACUGUAUGUAUUCUUUGUUCUUUUAAACCACAAGAUUAUAGUGAGCCUUGUGUAUCAUAACAGUGCUGUAUCUUUUUUCUUUUCUUUUC